CCGAGCCAUUGAUCUUGUUCACGGCGGUAAAAGCGCUCAACCACGUUCCAUCAUACAAAUUACACUUGCAUUACUAUCGACAGCAUCAGAAACUCAUGGCGACUGCGAAUCAAAAUGCGCUGCUGGACCAGCUGCAAGCUCAAGUCAAUCUCGUCCUCGAGCAAACUGGAAGAGUAUUUGCCGCCGUCGACCCAAACUCCAAGAAAGCGCCAACAGCUCAAGUCAACAAGCUGAAACAAAUCCUGCCUAAGGCUCAGGCCAAUUUCCAAGAUGCUCUGGACGCGCUGGAAGAGGAACUGCAACUGGCGCAAUUGGUGAUGCGACGCGACCUCGCGCUGCUUCGUGAACGCCAAGGAAUCCCGACAGAGCGCCCGGCCACAUCUGUCCAGCAGCCGGUUCCAGGACCGCACUCUGCCAAUGCACUUGAUCAGCAACAACCGGAAGCAGAGCCUGAGACCGAGAAGACUAUCAACACAGCUCCAGCAGACGAGGACGUGACCAUGGAAGACUCACAGCCAGAACAGCAACGCGCCGAAGCCGAGCCGUCUGGAGCGGAAAUGGAAGUCACAAAGACAGAUCAGAAGACACAGCCCGAAGCCAGUGCUCCCGAGACGACAACGACAUCCGAAGCUCCUACCCAGCCGCCCGCCCCAGUUCCACCUCAAAAUGAUGCCAAGUCAGCAGAAUCCGGCCUUCAAGUCGACACAGCUCCGAGCAAGCCCAGCGGCGAAGAUGAGAAAGUACCCGACACUGCCAAGGAAAGCAUCAACAAUGACCUUGAGUCCUUGUUCGGUGGCGGCGACAAUACCAACGAUGGCGGAAACGAGUUCAGCUUUGAUGAGAACGCCACGGGAGAGAUCGACUUCGGCGAUUUUGGGAAUUUCAACGGCGAGAACGCAGACAACGACAACAUCUCAUCUCUACUCCCAGGCCUCGAGGACUAUGCUAAUACACAAUCCAACAACACUAGUGGCGCAGAGCUGGAUCUCAACUCGUUCUUCACCAACACUAACGAGCAGAACAAUACGACUCGCUCUGCCGGUGGUGACGAAGCACGAGACACCACUUUCGAUGACCUCAUGGACCUCGCCAACUUCGACGGAAACAUGGGCGAUGAUGAGAACAACAACAAUAGCACCGCGGACCUAGAUUUUGAUGCUCUGUUCAACUAAAUGUUUUUUGCAUCUGGAAAGCACAGAACGAACCUCAUGCAAACUCAAGUCCUUUCUUUACAUUUCGAACGGAUCUUCUCUGCUUAUGCUCAAGAUAUAGCUUGUUGCGGCUUCCACACCCUGCUCCUAGCGACUUCCAUCUAGACGAAAGAAACGUAGUCGGCGUCGAAUACCCCUUCGCUCACAUUUUCAAGCCAUGACCUUAAGCAUCAUCGACGAUGCGAAGCGCCUAUUCGGGUGUUAGUUGACGCGUGGCACGGUACGCAACGACACGGACACACCUUCUCGUUGCCGUAAGCUUGUGCAGCUUCGGCUUCGGCACCAGCAUCUCUUUGAUCGACGAUCCGAAG